GGCUCGAGCUCCGCGGCUGUGCUCGAGCUGCGCCCGGCCAUCCAGACCACAUCACUGCCCGUAGGUUGCAAACUGCCCGCUUAGCCAUCCAGAUCGGCACACGCCGACCACUUUACCGCUUGAUGUUCACGAGCCUGGCCGGCCCGAAUGUUGGGGAGAGGGUGAUCUGGGCCCUCUGACCCGCAGCAGGAGGCGGAUGAGGGGUCCGCCCAGCUCACCCCAUCCCGGCAAUCCAUCCGCCGCAAUGACCGCCGGCGCAGCACUGGUCGUCUGCCUCUUCGGACUCCGCGUGACGUGCGCUGGGGCCUUCCGGGUGCUCAAGCCCGAGACCGUUCAUUGGCAGGCCAGCGACUUCGAGAUGCAGUCCGUCAUCGGCGGUGCCGGCGAGGCAGACCUGGUCGUCCUCGGGGCUGCUGGCGUGCUGCUCCUGGCCGGGGCCGUGCACGGCGCCCUGGGCCACGCCAGGCUGGCGCGGGCAUCGGCGCUCAUGGGCGGUGUCGGCACGCUCUACGCGCUCGGCCUUCUCGACGAGACUGUCUGCGUCGUGGGGUCGCUGGCGGCCGCGCUCGCCGUGGCCUCGCGCGCCCUGGCGAGGGCGAGGCCCGCGCAGCCCGCCAAGAAGGCCGCCUGAGGGCCUGCCCUCGGCCCCGCGGAGUGCCGAGGGGGAGGGGUGCUGACAGGCCUGUCUGCCACCACCACGCGGCAGCCUCUCGAGGACCCCGCGCCGCACAGGCCUCGCCAUCGCGGAGAAACAG